GUGAGAAAAAAAUUUGUUGUACGCAACCAAGGAGGGUUGCUGCAAUGAGUGUUGCCGCUCAUGUAGAAGAAGAAAUGGGUGUAAAACUUGGAUAUGAGGCACACGAAAGAACUUUACGUACUGAUAUCUUAUUCGGUUUAGUAAAGGAUAUUGUCCGUGUAAGACCUGAUCUCAAACUUUUAAUAUCAAGUUCCACUUUAGAUGCUCAAAAGUUUGCAGAAUACCUUGAUGCACCAAUUUUCAAUAUUCCUGGCAAGCCUUAUCCUGUACAAGUAUGCUACACUAAAGUACCUGAAGCAAAUUAUAUAUCCGCUGUUAUCACUACAGUAAUGCAAUUGCACAUUUCACAAAAGAACGGUGACAUAUUGGUUUUCCUUACAGGACAAGAUGAAAUUGAAGCUGUGCAUGAAAGUUUACAACAUACCU